CGGCGGCGGCAGCGGCGGGAGGAUGGCGCGCGCGGGCCCGCACGUGAGGCCGGCGCGGGGGCGCGGGCAGGGCCGGCUGCUGAGACGCGCUGCUGCCCCCCGCGCGGGCGCCGCGGUUUCAAUGGCGCCAUCGCCCAGGGCCGGCAGCCGGCAAGAUGCGACCACCCUGCCCAGCAUGUCCUCAACUUUUUGGGCGUUCAUGAUCCUGGCCAGCCUGCUCAUCGCCUACUGCAGUCAGCUGGCGGCCGGCACCUGUGAGAUUGUGACCCUGGACCGCGACAGCAGCCAGCCCCGGAGGACGAUCGCCCGGCAGACGGCGCGGUGCGCGUGCAGGAAGGGGCAGAUCGCCGGCACCACGAGAGCCCGGCCCGCCUGUGUGGAUGCGAGGAUCAUCCGGACGAAGCAGUGGUGUGACAUGCUUCCCUGCCUGGAGGGGGAGGGCUGCGACCUGCUGAUCAACCGGUCAGGCUGGACGUGCACGCAGCCCGGCGGGAGGAUAAAGACGACCACGGUGUCCUGACGAACGCAGCCCCCGAGGGGCCCCGGGAGUGGCCUUGGCUCCCUGGAGAGUCCACCACGCCGUGCCACAGGCCUCCGCCCGUCCCUGACCUCGCCCGCCCCGCUCCCCGCGGCCGCCGAGGAUAGCCUCGUCCUGCGCCCCGGCCCGAACGGCGGAGUCGAGGAAGCCGGGCCUCGGACACACGGGGGGGCGGCGCCGGGCGCCAGCAAUACGCGUGUGUGGGAGCCCGGCCUUGCCCGCGCCCGGCACCCGCCCCGCGCUCGGAGGACCAGGACCUGGACCUGGAGGCCCGGCGCCCGGAGGAGGCUGCGGCCCGGCCGGCCCGAGACACCGCGCCCGGCCCGGGGGACUGUCGGGCGCGGACGCCGCCGCCUCUCCCCGUGCCCAGACUGUCCGAAUCGCUUUUAUUUUCUUACACUUUCCGUACACCCGAUAGACCAAAGAGCAAAAUCCGCCCCACCGCGGACGCGCCCUGACUGUCAGAGUCCCGGGCCCGCGGGGGGCGGGGGCCCGAGGCAGAGACAUGCCGGCGGCCCUGGUGACAGCGGAGUGGAUCGAGCGGCCGGGGCAGAGGCCUGCAGCCCGGGACUGCGCUGGCGCCAGCUGGAAGGACGGGCUCCGGCCGGGAGGAGGCCACCGCCGCCGCCAUGGCGCACCUGGGGCCGGAGACGGGCCCCCCGCGGACGCCGAGAGCCCCCCGGGAGUGCUGACCUCCGCCUUCCUCUGUACUUAGACCGACUCUAUCGUACUAAAAUCACUUUCUGUUUAACCAGUAAACAUGCCUCUUCCGCAGCUCCAUUUUUGAUAGUUGGAUAAUCCCGUAUUUGCCAAGAGCAUGUUGGGUCUCCCGUGACUGCCGUCCGCAUCCGACACGCCAUUUAGCUCCAGAAAGCAAAUUAAAGGAACACUGCAGUAACACUUGUUUGAAAGAGAUAUCAUUAAAUGUAUUUUGCAAAGCCUAAA